CAAAGAUGGCGGACAAAUUUGUCAGUGAUAUCUUAGCUCUUCUUUGUAGCCAUGUGAAGUUAGAAAGAGAUAGAGGGCUACAAGCUUUGGAAGGGAAACUGAAAGAUACUUCGAACUUUACUUCAGAUAUUCAACAAGUAGAGGAUUUGCAAAACUCUUUGAUCGAACUUGUGACAUCGACGGAUGGAGCCUGGGAGACACGACAUGGUGGUUUGACAGGAAGCAAGACAUUUAUUUUGAACAAUCUCGGCUCGGAUGAUUUUUGUGAGACCCUCAGAAAAAAAGCAUUAAAAUUAAUGCAUGAUGACGAAGCGAGGGUCAGGAUUGCUUCAGGAGAGGUACUUGGUGCCCUUUGUUCAAUGAAAGGUACAGGAGUUUUUGUGGCCUGCUGUGAUGAAAUCUUGAAGAAUGUGGGUGAAAAUUUGGAGAGAAGAUUGCCUGACCCUGAAGAAGUAGCUGAAGGACUUGUGCAUAAAUUAACUGGUAGUGAAAAGGAGACAGGUGAAGAAAAGCACAAAAAAACAGAUGCUGCACAGAUAUUUCAUGAUACUGCUGGAUGGAAACAUUUGGAGACAAGCAUGAGGUGUCUUCAAUCAGUGAUAGAAGGAUGUGGAAGAGCCUUUAAUGAAUACAUCACUCAGGACCUUCUAGAUCUGAUAUUUCAAGCAUUAAACCAUACAAACAGAUUUGUGAGAGAGACAGGUUAUCAACUCUGUGCAUCACUUGUUAGCCUUGGAAGAAAGCAAGAUGAGUCGUCUGAGGGUACAGAGUCUGUCAUGAUAGAUGUUAAAGAAAAUGCAAUACUUAAACAUGGAGAUCAGUUUUCAGAUUACCUGAAAAAAGGAUUGUCUGACAACUGGAGCCAAGUAAGGUUAGCAGCCUCUGUAGCCACGCGGCAGUUCUUUCAGACUCUGCCCAAUAAAGAAUCAAGAGAGAGGUUCUUCCCCAAGGUACUACCAGCCAUGUGUCUGAACAGGUAUUAUGUGGCAGAAGGGGUUAGAAUAUACUCCCAGCAAAGCUGGAAAAUGAUAGUUGGAACAGAAGGAAAGCAUUUGGUGGAAAAAUACAUCACAGAGACAGUUGAAUUUUAUAUAAGUCAAACCAAGGCAGACAACCAUGCUGUCAGAGAGGCAGCUUGUGCCUGCAUAGCUGAACUUGGGACUAAGGUUAGCCAAGACAGUUUAAGGUCACAUGUGUCAGAACUUCUUCAGGCUUUGGUGUUUUGUUUCAAAGAUGACAGUUGGCCUGUUAGGGAUGCUGCUUGUGUGGCCUGUGGAAAUUUUGUGCUGUGUUUUCCUCAGGAGUGUAGGUUGUAUCAAUGUUUCACUCUUUUUUUAAGGUAUACAGGAGUAGAAAAGGGCCCAGCCACAUUUGGAGUCAUAAAAAGACUGAGAGACAAUGAUAUGGAACUACAUACAAACAGACAGAUGUAUUCCUGUGGGUCUCUUGCUCCUAAAAUGAGAAGAGGAGGUGGAUGUGCAGAUCAUCUUUUCAGAAGACCUGCUGAGCCAUGGGAAAGGGCUGAUGGUUGCAUGGAUCUUGUUGCUGAGCUUUCAACUAAUCCCAAGGCUCAUAAAGAAGUGAUCACCUUAAUGCCACUUGUAGCAGAGGCAGCCCACUAUAAACAUUAUACUCAGCAUCUACAUCUACUGGAAACUGUGUGCACACAGCUACCAGUUAUAGCCAAAGGAAUAGGAAAGAAUCAAUUCAAAAGACAUUUUGAGCUUUUUAUCGACUCAAUCUUUUACAGUCUGAAAAGUGACAAUGCACUAACAUCCACAGCAGCUUCUGAAUGCCUUUCUCAGUUAAGCUCAUUGCUGGGUCCUUCAAUACUUAGAGGACGGAUAGAAAUGCACAACCCCAGUUAUCUUGAUCUUUUGCCGCCAACUCCACCAGGACAUGUGUGAUUUACAAGGCUGGAUCCAGCACACAACAAUUCUUUUUGUUUCCAGGCUCCUUGCAAUGCUUUUGCUGUGAAUAAAGGAAGGGAAAAAGACAAUAAUUAUUACCUCUGAAUCAUCAGAUUAUUAUUCUUUCCCAUCACUUUAAUAUGGGAAAGAGAAAAUGGUUCUCCAUAUUUCAGUAAGCUUGGUUGAUUGACUUAGAUAGUUACAUCAAUACCAAAGAGUCUAUAAAAGAAUCUGGUGUUGUUGCCUUAACUCUUAAAUUCUUAUCAUCAGUAUGCAUAUUCUCCACACAUUUCCGAAGGUGUUGACAUGGAGAAUUUGUUUAACAGAUUUGUUCUUUAUUUGGUGAUCAUUUUGUUUAUUCUCCUUUUUGUGUGUGAUUGAGGGG